GGGCGGGGCCGGGGGUCCCCGAGGCCCCCAGCGGGCUGAGAGGCCGGGGAGAGCCGCGCUGCGGGCGCAGCUGGGCUGCAGUCGUGCACGCAGCGCAGGAAGCGGCUUCUGGACAGCGCGAUGUGUGGACGAUAACUUCCAGGCUGCAAACCAGAGAAGAUGAAGGAAGACUUUCCUCCCAAUUCUCAUGUACCCAUCAGCGACAGCAGAUCCAUUCUUAGGUCAGAGCUCUUAAACCUGCUAAAAACCUACAACUGCUACCAUGAGGGGAGAAGCUUCCAGCUGAGACACAGAGAGGAGGAAGGGGCCUUGAUCAUCGAGGGGCUCCUCAACAUCUCCUGGGGGCUGCGGCGGCCAAUCCGGCUGCAGGUGCAAGAUGACCGGGAGCGAUGGCAUCCCCCCACCGCCGCGUGGAUGGCCGAGCAGCCCGGCUGCAACCAAAAGGAGCCCCCUCCUCACGAUGGUGGGGAUGCUGCCAAGGAGCCAAGCACUGGAUCUAUACAGAGGGCUGAGGAAAGUUCCAGAGACAGCUCCGACCCCCAGGGGGAGGAGGAGGAGACCCCGCAGCUGAUGCGGACCAAGAGUGUGAGCUGCGUGGUCCCGAGAAGGCCCAAACCCCACGCCCCCGGCGAGGCCCAGCGGCUGCGGCGACACCGCUUCUCCAUCAACGGGCACUUCUACAAUCACAAGACGUCUGUGUUCACCCCUGCCUACGGGUCCGUGACCAACGUGAGGGUCAACAGCACCAUGACGGCCCUGCAGGUGCUCACCCUGCUGCUGAACAAGUUCAGGGUGGAAAAUGGCCCUGGUGAAUUUGCUCUCUACAUCGUUCACGAGUCUGGAGAGAGGACAAAAUUAAAAGACUGCGAGUACCCACUGAUUUCCAGAAUCCUGCACGGGCCCUGUGAGAAGAUUGCCAAGAUAUUCCUGAUGGAGACAGACUUGGGCGAGGAGGUCCCCCAUGAUGUCGCUCAGUACAUUAAGUUUGAAAUGCCGGUGCUGGACAGUUUUGUUGAAAAGUUAAAAGAAGAGGAGGAAAGAGAAAUAAUCAAACUGACCAUGAAGUUCCAAGCCCUGCGUCUGACGAUGCUGCAGCGCCUGGAGCAGCUGGUGGAAGCCGAGUAGCCGGCCAGUGUCUGCCUCUUCUGAAGCCCCAAGAAGCCACCACACACUAAGUCCCGGUGGCCGUUGGCUGAGGGGUCCUGCUUGUUGGUGGCCCCCGCCUGGGAAUCCAGUGCCCGUGCUUCCCAUCUGUCUAAAUCCCAGUCCUGUGGGUCCCAUGUCCCCAGCACUUGGCUCUGAGGAGGAGCUGGGAAUGUUCUGGGUGGUGUCUGCGUGUGAGGCCAGCCCGGAGUGGCCAGUCCUGUUGCACCAUGCCUGUCCUGCCCAGGAGAGCAGUGCCCGGGGCAUGAGCUCAGCUUUCCCAGUGCCUGACCCAGAGCCCCUGACGGACCCCGGAACCUCUGGCUCCAUCACCCACGUGAACCACGCUACCCACAUCUGCCUAUCACGGCAUCUGCUGCCCCAGAACUCUCCUUCCGUGGAAAGCAGGGCUGCCACUGGGUAUGGAGCACAGCCCUGGUCCCAGCCAUCGCAUCACCUGCAAGCCUCAGACGUCACUGUGCGAGCCUUGUUCAGCGCAGCAGCUGCAGCUCGGGGGUCAGCUCAGGAGCAAGUCCAUGAAUGUGCAGUCUUCCCUCUUCAGCACUUGCCUCAACGUCAUCAGGGAGACCAGUGAGAAUUCUUGUCAGGAGCCAGUCUGACCACGCUGAGCAGAUGUUGCCAAGGCAUUGAAAGGAUGCCCCCCUCCCAGCCGUCCUGUGGACACCCAGGGACCUCUGGCCUCCUCUGGACUUGCUUUUCUCUGCUCUAGUGGCUCUCAGCUCUUGCUUCCUUCAGCAGGGCAUGCUGAGGAGAAGUGUGUUCAGGGAGAAAGAGCUUUGAAUUCCCUGGGGCCAGAUUCGGAACAAUCUUUGUCUGCCUGCUGAUGGAUAAUUUCUGGAAUGAGAAGGCUUGCAAAACUAUGCAACGGUUUCUAUCAGUCACUCAAAGUGUUUGUCCAAAACAAGAGCAAAUGAAAGACCCAGAUUCUUCUCCUGCUGGGCAGAUCAAGGAGUCUGUGUAAGGUAGAUUUACAGAAGAAACCAUAAAGGGCCCAAAGAUUGGAGAUGUUCUCUCUCCGCUACCUGCAGAGACCCCUCGCUGGCAUCCAUAAAGAGCAGAGACUUGGGAGCAAACAGGCAGCGCAGAUCCAACUUGUUGGGGCCAAUGUCACAUGAGGAUUUCCCCAACCCAGCCACUGUCAUCAGACCUGGCCAUGGUUUCUGUUGUCUUUGAUCUCCUUUGAUAACAUGGUUUUUAGGUGUUCAAUAAAUGUGUUAGUAAAAUUUU